UUACAUGGAAGAUUAACAUAUUAAUAUGGAGUUAGACUUCACCAAAGAUGAUCUGCCCCUGAUGGCUAAUACUAGCCACAUUCUUGUAAGGCAUUAUGUGUUGGACCUGGAUGUGGACUUUAGAAGCCAUGUUAUUGAGGGCAACAUAGUUCUGUUCUUUGAAACUGGCAGGAGAUGCAGGAAAGGAAGCAAUGAACAGGUGGAAGGUGUCCAUCAAUCUCAGUUGGAUGAAACCUGUCAUAAUCCGGUGCAUCAAUCCUGCUGUGUUCCUGUGCCAAAUGCAAGUGCCUCCUCAACUAAAAGUGGAUGUAAUGAUUUUCCUGUCGUUGGUAAAGGUGAAAAUGAUACUUCUGAUAAAAACGGUAGCCAUGGUAACACGGAACAGGCUUCUGGGAUUUCUAGUUCAAAGAACUGCUGUGACAUUGAGAUUCAUGGGAGUGAAGAUUUUUUGCUGGUCCUGGACUGCUGUGAUUUAUCUGUGUUAAAGGUCGAGGAAGUAGAUGUUACUGUUGUUCCAGGUGUUGAGAAAUUUAUAAGCUCUGCAAAGUUAAUGGAUGCUUUUGAGGAUCCAGGAGAUCUUAGGAAUCAAAUUGUACACGAACUUGUGACAUUACCUGCAGAUCAGUGGAGGGAACAGCUCCACUAUUACAGAUGUUGCAGCCGAGCACCGGCUUGUGGAGAGCUUCUAUUUGUUAGUGGCCCUUGGAGCUUGGAGAUCAGGAAGGCAGGCGUUCAGCUGCCAAAGGACUUCCCUCAAGCCAUAAGGAUUUGUUACAAAACAAAGCCGGAAGGAAGAUCUCUUAGCUGGACUACAGACCAAAGUGACAGGCCAUGUGUUUAUACAGUAGGAUCACCAAUAAACAACAGGGCUCUUUUUCCAUGCCAAGAACCGCCUGUUGCCAUGUCAACAUGGCAGGCUACAGUCCGAGCAGAUGCAUGCUUUGUUGUUUUAAUGAGUGGUGAAAAUGCUGCGGAACCAACUGAAUUUGAGGAAG